GGAUUAAAGUACAGAUGAGAAAAGUGAAUUUAGUCUAAGUUGGUCAGGCGGUAAGCGCGUUUUAAAUCGAAUUCCCAGUAAUCGUCGCGAUAAUCUUGUCAUUGAAAGCUGGGAAAUAUACUAAGAACAGAACAGGUUUAAGUGAUACACAAGUGCGAUGAGGAUGAUUAUCACAAUAUUGAAUGUACAAAUAUACAAACAAUUAAAAAUAAUAUCAUAUGUGUGUGUAUGUGUGGUUGUUUGAAAAUAAAAAUAUAACAAUAAACAUAAGCACAUUAUUUGGAUAGAUGAAAAUGACAAGUGAAAAUAUAAAAAGGAGCUCUGAUAACAGAGGCAAUCAGCAGUCAAGAUAGAAGUGGCUCCAAUUCCAGUUCAUGCCACCGUGUUAAUCUCUAACCAUAAUCAUCUCGGCGGCCACAUCCAUUUAGAGGAGUAAUUAUCACCGACAUCGUUGUUUAAUCUGACACUUUGGUGCUGGCUGCUCCCGAGAACAGUCACAAAGCAUCGGAGAAAUAGAAAUCAAACGAGGACCGCCUCAAGCCUAAGAUUGUCACAUAGAAUGUGAAAGUGAAGAAUCCAUGGAAUAAGUCGAAAAGUGAAAAGUGUUAACAACAAAGAACUUUUAUGUGUGAUAUAAAUUAAGAGAAUUUUGUGCCAAGUCAAUGUCUCCAAAAAGUCCAAACCCCCUCAAAAACAAUUAAAUUAAAUUUAACUUAAAUUGAUUGAAACACCCAACACAAUGGUGGAGUAUGAGGAAAAUUCCUCCCACAAAGUGGAGUCCAAGGAAAAAUAUGGAUGUGAUCGUGAUGAUGAUGUGGAGGCUCGUUUGCUUAAGGCCUCCCAAAAUGGCACAGCUCCCAAGAAUGGUCUUAAGAAAAAUGAAAAAUCCGAUUUGGAUCGUACAACCACAGAAGAAAUCAACAAAUUACUGCGAGAUAUGCCACUUACAGAAGAUAUGACCUGUGGAUUUUGGAUAUUCAAAGGGAAAUUCUUUCAAAGAUUCGCCAAUCAAACGGCAUACGUUGUACUCUACGGCCUGGUGGGCUGCAUCUUCUCAAUGACAUACGCCUACUUUAAUGGAACGAUAACAACGAUAGAGAAGCGAUUUAAAAUACCAUCGAAAAAUACUGGCAUCAUAUCGGUGGGUAAUGAUAUAAGUCAAAUGAUGGUCUCUGCAGUUUUAAGUUAUUACGCCGGCAAAGGACACCGACCGAGGUGGAUAGGAUUUGGUCUUUUGACAAUUGUGGCUUUCUGCUUACUGACGGCGGCUCCCCACUUUCUCUAUGGACCCGGCGAAGAUGCCUUAGCCUUAACCAUGGAAUUUGGGGCCACACCUGAUGAGAAUGCCACCAUGGAGGCAAUUAAAGAACAACGUUCUAAGACAUUAUGUCGGCUUAGUGGUGCUACCGAAUGUGAAAUGGGCGAAGGGAAUUUCGCACCUCAAGUGGUGCUAUUCACAGCUCAGUUUAUCUCGGGCAUUGGAGGGUCAUUAUACUACACUUUGGGCGUCUCAUACAUGGAUGAUAACAUCAAGAAAUCCAAGACACCGGCGUUGUUAAGUUUAUCGUAUUUUUUGCGAAUGUUGGGUCCCGCCAUUGGUUACGCCUUGGCUUCCUUUUGCCUGCGGGUGUAUAUUGCCCCUCAACUGCACCCGGUGAUCAAAAUGAAGGAUCCCCGCUGGCUGGGCGCUUGGUGGAUGGGUUGGCUCAUAAUUGGCACCAUGAUCUUUCUCACUGGAGUUUUUCUUUCAAUGUUUCCCAAAGACCUGCCCAGAGCGGUGGCACGUCGCAUGGUAGAGGAGGAAAGACGUAAACAAAAACUGUCCAUUAAGGAUAAGACAAAGAAUGAAAAGGAAUUGCUAAAUGAACAAUUGGAGGAAAAACCUCAGGUCGAGCACAAGGCCUCUUUCAGAGAUAUGAUGACGACAUUCAAACGUUUGACCACCAACAAAACCUUGAUGUAUAAUAAUUUUUCUUCGGUCUUCUAUUUGUUUGGUUACACUCCAUAUUGGAUAUUUGCACCAAAAUAUAUUGAAAUUCAAUACAGGCAAUCGGCAUCUGUAUCGAGCAUGGUUACUGGUACAGUGGCUUUGGCUUUCUCUGCUGUAGGUGUUCUUCUCUCUGGUUUUGUAAUUUCCCGAUAUAAACCAAGUGCUCGCUAUAUGGCUGCUUGGAAUGUUAUUGUGGGUUUUCUAACUGUUGGUGGAAUUAUAACAUAUGCCUUUAUAGGAUGUCCCGGUAACGAGCAAUCAAUGGUGGUGAAUAUACACGACAAAGCUUUGGAUAGUACUCCAACUUGUAAUUCGGCAUGUGGCUGUGAUUAUGUGCGUUAUUCACCAGUGUGUGGUGAAAAUAAUAUGACUUAUAUUUCACCAUGCCAUGCGGGUUGUAAGAAACAGCAUAUAACAAAAACGGGGAAAAAGUACUACUAUGAGUGUUCCUGUAUUCCCAGUGUAAAUAUGACUUUGGAUGGCAAUACGGCUUUUGAACGGCUUACCUCUGCAAACUUAACCGAUGAUGCUGAUUUUAAAUUUAGUUCUCCAGAGUCCUUAUCUGCAAUAACAACUACAAUGCCUGAUUAUCGUCUCGGAGAUGGUGGUCAAGCUGUAUAUGGUGCUUGUCCGGUGAAUUGCUUCACCCAAUUUGUCACAUUUUUGGCCGUGAUGUGUGCACUGAAAUUCAUUGGUGCCACUGGGAGAGCUUCGAAUUUCCUGGUGACGGUGCGAUGUGUACCAGAAAAAGAUAAAACAGCAGCCAUGGGUUUUGGCAUGAUGAUGAUGUCCAUGUUGGCCUUUAUACCAAGUCCAAUAUUCUUUGGUUGGGUAUUGGAUCGGUUGUGUUUGGUGUGGGGCAAAACGUGUACAAACAAGGGCAAUUGUUGGCUGUAUGAUCCAGAAUCUCUGAGAUAUAUCCUCAAUAUGACCGCUGCUGUAUUCAUAGCCAUUGGUGCUCUAUUCGAUUGUGGUGUCUGGUAUUAUGUCAAAGAUUUGAAGAUAUUCGAUGAGGAAGUUCAGGAUGUUGAAAUGGAAAUUGUCCAAAAGGAGGAGGAGACCAUAAAACAGGAAAUUUAAUCGAAGUUCAAAAACUUUUAUAUGUUUAAUAUUUCAUAUCUCAUUUUGUCUUCAAUAGUUCAAUCUGUAGUUUUUAUAUUUUAUCGCCAUUUUAUGUACGUGUAUGUGUGAUUGUUUUAAGUGAUACCCCGGCAUAUUAGCCCAUUAUCUCUAAAGCAAGUGUGAGUGUGAGAGUGAGAGAGAGAGAGUGAUAGUGAAUGAAUGAAUGUGAUUUUGGUUCAAUCAUUUAUUUAAGUGAUAGCAAAUCAAAGAUUUAUUAUUGUUGAUUAAAUUAAUUUUAUACUUUGUUAAGUUUUAAUUUCUACACCUAUUUGUAAAGAUUGCCCCAAAAAUAUAUAA